AAGAUUUUCAUCAGAUCCCCUCAGCAGAACUCUGACGAUGAAGCUGGUUUCAGUCUUCCUCCUCCUCCUGGCUCCAGUGUUUACCUGCUGCUUACCUCUCGUCCUCCCGCUGGACUGCAGUGACAUCCAUAACAAUGACAACAGCCAACUCAGUGGAAUGUACACCAUCUAUCCCAUCGGAGCCACGUCUGCUGUCCGGGUGUACUGUGACAUGGACUCAGAUGGAGGAGGCUGGACGGUGUUCCAGAGGAGGAUGGACGGCUCAGUGAACUUCUACAGGCCCUGGGAUCACUACAAGAAGGGCUUUGGUAGCGCUGCUGGAGAGUACUGGCUGGGCCUGGAGAGUCUCUUCCAUCUGACUCUGAGGAAAAAGUUUGAGCUCCUGGUCGACAUGGAGGACUUCAGUGGGAACAAAGCGUUUGCUCGUUACUCCUCGUUCUCCAUCGACCCAGAGUCCCAUGGAUACAGACUGCAUGUGUCUGGAUUCACUGAUGGAGGAGCAGGAGACGCCCUGAGUGGUCACAGCGGAGAGAAGUUCUCCACCUUCGACAAAGACCAGGACUCCUUGAGCAGUGGUAACUGUGCCAAAUCAUUCCUGGGGGCGUUCUGGUACAACAGCUGUCACUCUACAAACCCCAACGGCAUUUAUCGCUGGGGGGCUGAUGACACUAUCCAUGCUGUAGGAGUGGAGUGGUUCGACUGGAAGGGUCAUAACUAUUCCCUGAAGACCUUCAGCAUGAAGAUUCGUCCUGUGCAGUUAAAGAUGAUUGCAUACAAUUGAGAUUGUUUGUGACUCAGCAGACCUUAUAAACCUCCGGCUGUGAGUAACUUGUUCAUUCUUCUCCUGGUUGGUUUCCUGGUUGAAGCUGCUGAUUCAUUUCACCCUCACUCAUCGGCUUGAUUCAGAUUAUUUUCAGCAUCUAAAGGUAACGUAACCAACAGUUUUCAUUGUGUUUUUGUCUAUGGGUGUUUAAAUGAUCUGAUAACAGUAGAGAUGAUAGUUAUAGUGAUGUGUUAUGUUGAUUUGUUGACU